UUCUUCACUCCAGGCAAAGUUCAAUGUAAAGCAAGUUAAUACGAUUGAAAUUUAUAUAAUGAAGAAGCUUAUGGCUUAACAUACUUCUUCACAAGAAAAUUUUCAUGUGCAUUAAGCAUAGAAAAUCUUAGAUAAAAGAACGGGAAAGGCUAAGGUUUUGUUGAAAGGAGAAAACAGCAUAUUAUCUCAUUUUUGUCCUCAACAGCUUCAGAACCAUGGGUCUCUAAACAGUCGACUCCAAAAAGGAUCAGUCUGUCAUGGUUGCCGCCUUACGGGUGGGCGUUUCUUCUUGGAAUUCAGAAUCUGCCCAUUUUCAAAGAACAAAUUUUUAAUCUCCAGAAACAGGUAAAUUCCUUCUCUAGUUUGUAGUUCUAAUCCCUAUGUUUUACUUUCUCUGCAAAAGAAUUCUCCAUGGGAGACUCGCUGCUACAGCCUCUCAAAGUCACAAAGUUUUAUGCGUUUCCAAAAACGACCCAUCGUCACUUUUAGGAGUAUUUGCAUCUCUUAGUCUCAGAUGCAUUUCAAGCUCUUCGAAAGAGCUGCCAUUUACUGUUUCAUACCUUAAAAAGAAAUGUGGGUUGUCCUCAGAAUCUGCUUUAACUGCCGCCAAGUAUGUUCAGUUUAAAACCUCGGAUAGAGCUGACACUGUCAUUGCCUUCUUCAAGAACCACGGUUUCUCAGAACCCCAAAUCACCCGCUUAAUCAAGAGAAGGCGGGUAGUGCUUGUAUCUGAUAUCGAGAAAACGCUUUUACCUAAACUUGAGUUUUUUCGCUCUAAAGGUGCUUCAAGCCCUUACCUCGUCAAAAUCUUAUCUGAUAACCCAACUAUUUUGGGGUCAAGUUUAGAGAAACAAAUAAUCCCUUCUUUUAAUUGCCUUAGUAAUUUCCUGUCUGAGGAGAAGAUUAUUGAUGCUGUAAAACGCUAUCCACGCCUAUUGUCUUAUGAUCUUAAUGCUAUUUUGUUACCCAAUAUAAAUCUUCUGCUGGAUAAUGGAGUGCCUGAAUGUAAUACUGUUACAACACUUCAUUCAUUGCCUUCAACAUUAAUGAGAGGUCCAAUUCAGUUUAAGGAUAUGGUAGAUGAAGCAAAGGAAAUGGGGUUCAUCCCUCCUAGCCAAUGUUUAUGGCUUUUGAGGCUUUUCGAAGGUAUCCCUCGUUUGUUAGUGUCUGAGGAUAAAUUUAUGGUGACAAUAGAUUUCCUUGUGAACAAAAUGGGUUUUCAAUCUUUGCUUAUCGCCAAACAUCCCCGUAUAUUGAUGAUGAGCUUGGAUAAAAAGAUUGUUCCUAGGGGUCUGUUUGCUUAAGAUCUGUUGUCCAAAGGGCUUAUAAAGCAUGUUAACUUGCAAGCUUUGUUGGAGACUUCGGAUGAUUUAUUUAUAGAGAAAUUUGUCAACCGCUUUAAAGCAGAAGCCUCUGAGCGGGUAAAGCUAUAUCAAGAGAAGCUCAAUCAUUCGAAAAACUGGAAAAUUGGUUGAUAGAAGCUGCAGCAUUUAUAGAUCGUUUACAUUCAGAUUUUCCUCAUGUUACUUCGAUUGAGUUUGAUUCUUUAAUCUGAAAUGUGCUUGGUUUAGGCUAGAAAUGCUGCUCAUGGAAAUUUUUUGCUUUUAACUUUUCUGCCUUUAGUGAAGCUUGAAGUCGACCAUGUGCUCUGAUAAUUUGCUAUGCUAUUAUGUGCUAUCUUUGUCUCCAAAUGCUGAUGCGGGAAAAAUUUCUCAAGUUAUAAUUAUUGUUUGUCCUGAUAUCUGUACUCCUGUGGUUGCACCUUCUCCUGCCAUGUGUUAGCAGGGAGCAUAUUUAAAGAUUGGUUUAAUAUUUUGCUAUUCAGAAACCGCACCAUUAUCCUCCAUCCCCAACUGGUUAAGAAGCUCCAAGAAAAGCUUGUAAUCUCAAGAAACCUAUACAUGAUAAUAUUGUGUUUUUCUGGUUU